AUAUUCUCUAUAGUUAUGUUUUUUCUGAGAAAUUGUUUUGCCCUUAUUAAAUUUAUCUACAAUCAAACAGAAAUCGGGCCGGCUUUGUAGAAUAUGUCGGCGUCGGAUUCAGCUUUGCCGGAGGAGCUAUGGAGACGAAUCGUUGAAAUCGGAAUUGAAUCCUCCAACUUCAACUACAAAGAUCUUUGCUGCCUCUCCAUAACUUGCACACUUCUCAAUCGACUCUCCUCCGAUGAUUCUUUCUGGUCCUCUUUGUUCUCCGCCGAUUUCCCCCAAUAUCAACAUCCUUCAUCUUCAUCUUCUGUUUUCAACAAAUCGCUCUACAAAAUUAGAUACGAAAAAGUCCGAGAACAGAAGCUUUUGGCCCAUAGAAGGGCUGUUUUAAGAAUUCAGAGUGAAAUUAAUGAGCAUUCUAAGAGGAUUGGAGAGAUGGAACUUCGAUCUGCAGAGGAGAAAGAGAAAAUAAAGAACAGUGUUGCUGAGUUGUUAAAUAUGCGUAAGAUCAGGCAAGCCAAAGUUGCACUAAAUGUUUGGCAGCCGGAGAUUGUCCGGGGUAAGCAGAGGCAGACAGUUGAGCAGUGCAAUGUACCUAUUGAUGAUCGUAUCCAUGCCAUUGAGAUGGAGCUCAAGCUUUGCAAACAACAAAUUCAAGGGUUAGAGAUGGCCCUUAGAGUUGAAAAAAAGAGAAUGCAGAGAGCAAGGGAAAAACUGGCUUCAGUAGAAUAUCACCCCGUGCGGGAAUUUAAUUUAACAGUCAGCCCGAUUGAUGAACAUGACAUGAGAAGGAAAAGAUUUAAGAACAUCAAGUAAGGAAACUAAGAGUUGAUGCACAACUGAAUCAGAUGAUUUACUCAUGGUUGAGGAAUCUUCACAUUGGUUUAUCUGACAAAUGGAUGACACGGAUAUUCAGCCUAUUUGCAUCUCUGUCCAAGCUCCAUGCUAGGAACCGAUAUUGCAGUUGCUGUGUUCCUGUUGAUUAUUGAAAAUAUAGCAGAUUCAUUUUACCUCAAGUGCACUUAGAAACAGAUAUAUGUGGUAUCGGGAGGGAUGAAGUAAAAAUCUGGACAAUGUUGUUGUUGUCUUUAUGCUUGACUAUGGGGAAUGGGUGUUCAAGUAAAUGGAGAACUAUUCCCCGGAGUCUGGAAAAGAGAGCAAACUGAAUGUUGUGUAAUAGGAAAGGGGACUCUAGGGCAACUUUGAAAUAUCCAGUUGAUGCAAGUCGAGAAAAUUUACUUUUUCACCUCACACAACUGACACAAGUUAUGUUUGUCUAUGUUUUGACAAAUCGAGUUUACGGGAAUCAAAAUGCCUCACACAACUUACACUUGUGUGAGGUUGCCUAUGUUUAAAAAGUGGAAUAUUUGGGUCGAAAAUAUUUUGGGUUCACAACUUCUUGUCAAACACAGGCAACCCGUUUGGUCCCUCAAUUUUCAUUUGUCAUACAUAGGGGAACCAUUAUACAACUUGUGUCAAUUGUGUGGCACAACAUAAAAAUCUCAUGUUACUUUGGUGUUUUUCAUUUUUAUGAUAAACUUUAUUCGUAUGUCUAUAAAAAUGCUAGACUACAAGGUCUAAAUAUGUGUUAGCUGGAUCAUGAUGUAUGUAUUGGAUAUCCAGGGGAUUUGUUUUGGAUCAAUUGCUGCUUUA